AUGCUCCGAGCCCCUUCCCCUGAUCUGCUUCAGCCUACCAUGGAAUCGCUACCAAACCAUUUCCGAACAGGCACCGAUGAACCGAUUGAAUGCUGGGAUGACGAUGACGAUUUGCAGUUCAAUGGGGAUGUUCAAUUUCGCACCGCAUCCAGUGCUGGGUCCAUAACAAAUUCGUCAUUUCGACCAUCUGGGCAUCGAGACUCGAUUUCCUCGCGACGCUCUGCACGCUCAGAUCUCGACUCCAAUGUCGGAGACGAAGAUUGGCAGGUUCCGCUCUACGAAAAUGACGAAUUUGCCAAAGAAGAAGCAAUUGCUUCGGCCAAGACCGCCGGAAUUCCAAUUCCCCCAGAUAUCCCCAAAUCGGCUCUCAUCGGCGGCACAAUCAAGCGCUUGUCCACCCGAAAGACCCGAAAGACCUUUGUAGACGACUGGUCAGAGGACGUUGAGCUCCCGGACCCCGAAACUAUUCUGCAGCUUAAGACGCCCCGGGAAACAGUGUUUCCUGAUUACCUUCAAAAUGUGAGCUCUGCUGCCACAAGUCCAAUCAAGUCCACGGCCUCGCCAUCAUGGAACGACGAAAUGCCGAUACAUUUACAAUCAGCCUUUGAGUUUGAUAGCUUUGAACCCCAAGACAUACCAACACUUAAAGCUCCGACCCCUCGCUCUCCGAAGAAAUCAUCUAUAUCCAAUAUCGGGGCUCUCAACGUGGAACAGGAAACAGACGACGACUUCAACCAGGACUUCGAAUUACCUCAAACCCUCCAACCCCUAGAACUGUCACAUCGAAAGGAUGAUUACAGCGUGUCUAGCCCCACCCUGGACGAUUUCGAUCUUGAGUGGUCCGAGGGAAGCAUUGGUGUCAGGGUUGGUGGCACGACAAGAGACAGUCGCUCGGCUCCCAGCUCCUCGAUUUCGAUUGCUAGCCCCAGCGUCUCAAGCUGCCUCACGGCCGAAAGCGAGGACGAUGGCCUCGACGGCCUCGUCAUCCCCGAAGGUCCUUUGGAUUUCAAAGCCUCACUCAAGAAGCGCCAAACAACACAGAUUGAGAAUGUGAAUGUACAAAAAGACCAGCCGGAUGAAGUCCCUGACGCCGAUGACUUCUUCUCCGGAAUCGAAAUCGAUAAUGGAAAGGCGUUUUCUUCGGGGAAGCUGGCUUUGAACCCUAAUUUAAAAUGCAAAACAGAACGACCUUCUAGUCCAACUCGUCGAUCUGCAACAACUCUCACAUUCACCAGUGCGACAGGUUCUCCGCGAACCCGUAUCCCUCGCUUGUCCGGCCAUGACCGGACACAUUCUACCCAUCUUGAAACCGUCUCAGAAAGCGGUGCUCCUCUUUCCAAAUUUCGAACAUCUCAGUCGCGCCUAGGGCAUUCAUCUCAAUCAUCCACCUCAAGCCUCCCCAUUUCUAAUGUCAUUCCAACAUCCCCAACUCCACCGCUCUCUGGUCGACGACUUCUCGGGGCUCGAACGUCUCGGGAGAGUUCCCAGGCCAGCGAGGCCAAUCCUCCUAGUAGGCGUUUGAAAACGAAACGCUCCCUACCCUCAAUCCGUGGUACGGGAUCCGUGACGUUGGCUCAGUCUUCCCAGCACCCGUCGAUAGAUCGUCCGGUGCGUCUGCCUUCUUCAAGACCUAAAACGCCGGUGGAUCGCCCCUUGAUUGAUGGGAGGGCAUUUGGUCGCAGAUCCCAGGUACCGUAUCUACCAGCUGGCCCCCCAGAAUCUCAAUCACAUACCAAUACGAAGGGAUUCCGCUCCUCCCGUCGCACAAACUCGGACAGCUCUAGUGGUCUCCUAAGUCCACAGGGAACCUUCGGCCGGCUUCCUCGAUCAACUCGGAAUGAGACCUUCCGUACAAGCUUUGGCGAAUCAACCCCGGACUCUGCUGGUUCCGCAAAGCGCACCCUCACACGACCGACCAAACGACGUAAUUUUGGAGAUGGAACGGAGCUCGAGUCGUUUGACGACUUGUCUACAUCGGUCGCAGCAGAGAACAAGUUUGUCAAAACUCCCACGGGUCGAGGUGUUCCAAGAUCUCUUCGUACCAGACUCAGCCAGAGUCGGAUUGAACCACCGCAAGAUGUGUCACCUGCCCAAUCAUCAACAUCCCCAUCAGCCUUGAAAUUGCGAAGCCCGACUCCUAGGUUUGCCCAAGAUACCAAUGCAUCCAGGAAUGCAAGGGAGCAACGCAUUGCUUCCAUAGCAAUGAACAUGAAAAACCGGGAAUCGAAUCCUCUCUCUAGUUUCAGCUCGAGUUGGAAGCCCCAGCCUAUCUCCCGAGCUCCCCCGUCAGCAACAAUUCGAAGCCGAAAAAGCAGGCCUAGUGCCAAAUCAACAUCAAAACCACACUUGAUCAAGCCGAUGGGAUCCGGGGUACAAGAUGCCAAAUGUAAGCAUAUGUCUUUUAAAUCAUUGACCCAAGCUCACUAUCCCUCGUUUCUAGCUGUGAGAGGUAUGCGGUAUAACCCCACAAACUUCCGUUGGGAAGGAAACGAAAACCUGAUGCAAGAAUUCGACCCUGCUCCAAGAUCACCCAAACCUGCACCUGCUCUCAUUACCAAUGUUGGCGCGAUGCACAACGUCCAGACUGUCGGUGGGAUGGUCUUCGAUCCACAUCGUAUGUGCUGGCUCAAGGCUCCACUUGACGGUGUUGCAGAUGAAGAUGAUGUCUUUGCCGGUCUAGAUGACUUGGAGGCAAGUAGCCCUCACGGACGCACCUCGGGGGCAUUUGAAGCCCCCCAGUUCCAGGGAGAUGAGGCAAGUGCCGGUGAAUCCUCCGACGAAGGGCCCAUGACCGAGGAAUUCGAUGUCGGGCCAGAAUUCAUUCGACGACAGAGAGCCGAGGAGGAGAAGUGGAGGCGCAAGGUUGACAAAUGGGUUGGCUUCGACCGCCACGAAUACCACCUAUGGAUCAUCCGUGAUUUGGUGGCACUUGAUGGCAGGGGAGAAAUAGCCUAG